GCAUAUAGAUUGCACUGCAAAGAAGGGGAACUUCCAUUUAAAUACUUGAGAAUCCCAGUAGGGGGGAAUAACAGAAGAAAAUCAAUGUGGCAAUCAAUGGUACAAUCAGUUGAGAAGAACUAGCUAGCUGGAAGGGCCGAUUCCUUUCUAUGGGAGGUCGUAUCACGCUCAUAAACUCAGUGUUGUCUUCUCUGCCCGUGUUCCUAAUGUCAGCCUACUUAAUCCCAAAAGGUACACUCCUUUCAAUUGAUAAAAUUCGUAGACGACUUUUAUGGGGCGGGGGGGCAGAGGAGAGGAAAAUAAAUUGGGUAAAUUGGGGGGAGGUAUGUAAAAGUAAAGUAAAGGGAGGGUUGGGAGUGAGAGAUUUGAGGAAGUUUAAUUUGGCACUGAUGGGGAAAUGGUGGGGAUGUUUAACAAAAGUAGAUGAGGGACUAUGGAUGAAAAUAAUUGCAGCGAAAUAUGGUAAGGAUGGGAAGCACUUGAUGGAUUGGAUUAAAGAAAACAAUGGAGGGGGAUCCUUAUGGUGGAGGGAUGUAUGCUGCCUUAAUAGAGUGAAUGAGGAGAGUGUAGGAUGGCUGUCGAAGGGAUUUAGAAUGAAAAUUGGGGAUGGAAAAUCAGCCAGCUUUUGGUGGAAUAAUUGGGGAGGGGAGGGUUGCCUUGCUAACAAAUUUCCUAGGCUAUAUCUCCUGUCAAUAGGGAAGGAGAAUUCAUGCAAUCAAAUGGGCAACAUAAGGAGUGGAUCAUGGGAAUGGAAGUUAACUUGGAGAAGAAAUCUAUUCGAAUGGGAAGCUGGAGAGGUCGUGGAACUCGAAAGGAUGAUAGAGGGCGUGAAGGUUAUUCAAGGCCAGCCCGACAAAUGGGAAUGGAUUCACGACAAGGAGGGACACUACUCAACAAAAUCAGCAUACCACAUAUUAGCAACGGAUCAAAGCAGACCAUGUGGACCUACAAUAUUCAAAAGAGUAUGGAACCCAAGUCUCCCGACCAAAGUUUCAGCAUUCAAUUGGCAACUAAUGUUGGAUAGAAUACCAACCAAAGUGAACUUGCUAAAAAGGGGGAUUAUUAAAGACAUGGAGGAGAGCAAGUGCGUUGUAUGUGAAGAACAAGAUGAGGUCUCAGCUCAUCUAUUCUUAAGGUGCAGGCUGUCUCGAGGGCUAUGGGAGGCAUGUGCCAAAUGGUGGGGGGCCGAGGCAAAACUCGACAUCGACUAUUUGAAGACUUUUGAAAAAUUUGGAGAAUGGAGUAAAGGAACACGAACAAGACAAGGAUGGGAUUGCAUAUGGAGUAUGGUGGGCAGUGACUUACCAUCUCGCCAAGAAGUCAUAGAUCUCUACAACCAAAACAACAUCCAAAGAAUGAGACUUUACGCUCCGGAUGAGGCUGCUCUCCAAGCCCUCAGAGGCACCAACAUCGAGCUGGUGCUCGACAUUCCCAAUGAUGACAAUCUUAUUCAAUCUUUAGCAGCCAGCCAAGCCACCGCCGACAAUUGGGUUCAAAACAACGUCAGGAACUACCCAGAUGUCAAGUUCCGCUACAUCGCUGUAGGAAACGAAGUUAAGCCCACGGAUUCUUUUGCACAGUUUCUAGUCCCCGCCAUGCAAAACAUCCAAAAUGCACUUGCAGGAGCUGGACUUGGAAUCAAAGUGUCCACGGCUAUUGACACCCGGGUCCUCGACGGUGCAUCUUUUCCUCCGUCAAAGGGAUCUUUCAAGGCGGAAUAUAAGCCUAUUCUUGAUCCCUUAAUCAGUUUCUUGGUGAACAAUCAAGCUCCAUUGCUCGUUAACUUGUACCCUUACUUUAGUUAUGCUGGCGACGCUAACAUUCGUCUUGAUUACGCUCUCUUCACGGCUCCCUCACCAGUGGUAUCAGAUGGACCGCUACAAUACAGUAAUCUUUUUGACGCAAUGCUAGAUACGGUCUACGCAGCCCUUGAGAAGUCCGGAGGGGGUAAUUUAGAGAUUGUGGUGUCAGAAAGCGGCUGGCCUACUGCGGGUGGAAGGGAUACGACGGUUGAAAAUGCGAAGAUUUAUAACAACAAUUUGGUUCAGCAUGUGAAGGGAGGGACUCCGAAGAAGCAAGGAAAGUCCAUUGAGACAUACAUUUUUGCCAUGUUUGAUGAGAAUAAUAAGGGGGGAGAGGAGGUGGAAAAACACUGGGGCCUGUUUUCUCCAAACAAGCAGCCUAAAUAUCAAAUGAACUUCAACUAAGGGAAUUAAUUAGGAGGAAAAAUAAGGGCUAAAUACGGCUAAAUAAAUGUAUGGGGUUUGUUUCGCCAUGUUUAACUUUGUUUUAUUACUAAAUAAAUGCAAUUUGUUAAC